UGCCUCCUUAACGCCACCCGAAAUUAUCGCCGCUCACUCCGACACUGAUUUUCCCUUCGAAUAUUAAGGGUUUUUCCUUAUCAGAACGUUCCUCGAAUAACUCUCUCUCUCCAUCUCUAUGUAGAAAUUAUUUCCCGGAUAAUAAUACUCAUGGCAGAGAGAUUUGCCGGGAAAAGAGGGAGAGAAAGGCUUUGAUGAAGGUUUGAAGGGAAUGACACGGUACUUUCUUUGUCAUUCUCUGGUAAAGAGGAUAGACUGAAGGAAAAUCGUUGAAUCAAUGUUGUUUGUUUGGUUCGUUCUCCUGAAGUUGUAACGCCAGACCUUUCUUUCUCAUUUUUGGUGACGGUUACCGAGGAAAAGAGAAAAGAGAAAAAUACAGGAGAAAUCAUCUACAUUAGAAAUCGAGUGUAAUUUUACAGUAUCAACGGCGUUCCUUGGCUGCUUUGCCUGACACGUAGUUCUGAGAGUGUGGAAUUGUAGCGAAAGCGAUAGAGAAAUGGACGACGACAUGGAGGGGUUUGUUAUGGAACAGCUUGUGUCUUCUGCAUUAAUCGAUCUUGAUUACGAGUUCGAUGCGUCCCGGUUUUAUGAUUUCACUCUGCCGGAGACUGAUACGGAGGCCAGAGAAGCCGAGCGCUGGUUCGAAUCAGCAAAAAGUUAUCCGCCUUCGCCUUUCGUUCUAAAGUUGAAGUGGGGAAAAGACCUUGCUGUAGAAAGUACAAACACCUCUGCUCAAUUCAGAAAUGACGAAAACAUGAAUUCCGCUGGAAAUGGCUUUGAUGGCUACAUGGGUUCCGAAGUCUCUGCAACAGAUGAGGUUAACAGAGGUUUUGUAUUUUAUCAGAUGGCAGAAGCAGGUCCAAGAGCCAAAACAAAGUCCCCAGUCAAGUCAACUUUAGUAAGGAGUUCAACGCUAAUGAAACCAACAGCAAGUCACUUGGCCAAGCAGAAUACAUCUCGAGAAGUUCAUUCCACACAAUUCUUGAGAAGGUUCCAGAAGAAGUUAGAACACAUUGAUGGAAAGAGUUCGGGGACUUCUUGGGUAAUUGACAGCCAAGCAACCAAAAGACAAAAGUUGGAAGCUGGUUACUUACAGAAGCAGGUCGCUCACCUGAAGCAUCAACCUCCUUUGCUACACAAGUUACGUAAAAAGGUUGGAACCAUUGAUGUUAACUCGGUGCAUACUAGACCUCAAGUUACUAUUCCUAGAGAACCCAAUCUGGCGACAGCACGUAGGGCACAAAGACAUAGGUCUAAGACGAGCACAGAGUCAGAUGGGCAUGUAAAGUCAAAUAGCCACACCUUUAAAGCACGCCCCUUAAACAGAAAAAUUCUUGAGACUCCCUUGCCCCUUUCUAAGAGGAGCAUACCACAGCUGCGAGACUUUAAAGUGUUUCACCUGAAGACCUCAGAGAGGGCAAUGCAACACAAAUCUAACAAUGCAGGGAAUUUAUAUAAUUCUAACUCCCUUUCACAUGGUGAAAUCACAGACGGUAAAAGUCUGAAUUCUACUGAAGCUCUAAAGCAGGAGAGCUGCAAAACAGUUAACAAAUUCGAAGCUUGCCCUCUUUUUAGAAAGAUACUUUCAAGUAAAGGAGAAUUUGAUGUCUUCCAAAAUUUCAAACAAGAAGUUGCCUUCUCAAGGGAAUUCAACUUUUCAACUCAUAAGAUGCUUCCGGACAAGCCACCAAUCGAACUAUUUAGUAAGCUCUCCCUUUCUUCGGACACCCAGCAUAAUGGGAAAUCCCAGUCGAAAAUGCAUCUGCCUACUAAGGGCUCAAAAGAGAAUACGCCUGGUCCUUGCUAUCAAGCACAUGAGAUAAUGGGUGGGAAGGAAAUAGUAUCAACGUGGGAGUUACAGGAGUGUUCCUGAAAUUGGACCAAUGUUAACAGAUUGUUAUCCUCCGAGGUCUUUGGAAAUUUUUUGUUGCUGUUUGCUGUCAUAUAAUGCUAUAGAUCACUACCAUCUGUUGACCUUUUGUCAUAUGCAAGGCCAACAUAAAAGGGGAAUAAGAGUUUGCUUAUGCUUUACCGAUGCAUCGCCCAACAAUGGGAGGAGCACAAGAGUUUUGUAACCAACAGGCAACAGCAAAUGUAGUGCUCCUUGUCCAUGGAAGAUUGAUUUUCAAUUUUUUAGGGAACGUUGUAUGUACGUACUCCACAAUGACUGCUUGUACAGCGGCCUGUUAAAAAACCUUCCCCUAUAUAGCUCCAAACCUCCUCAGACAUACGUUUUUAACUUUAGGUUCAAAGGUUAUCAUUUAGC